UUGAAGCAACAGAACCAUUUUAAUUUCCCCAGUCAGACAUUAUUCAAGAAAACCCAUCCAGGCUCGCUCUAUUUUCCAAGAAAAUUAAGGAUAUAAUGUCCGAGCCUGCCAUAGAUGCAAGACGAAAUUCAACCUCCUCAAAUAACGAAUAUGAACUAGUGUUCGAGAGAUACAUUUACGAUGAUUAUAAAGGUGAAUUCGAUUUGAUUCUCAAGGCUAUGAAGGACAUUACCAAACGCACCACAUUUAAUGUCCCAACCAUUAACCCUGAUGAAGCUGCAAAGGAAAACCAGGUAGAGUCAUUAUUGCAAAAAGGAGAUCUAUCCCCUCCACAGGGAUGGAUGCAAAUUUUUGGAAGCACAUUAAACAAAAUCAGUAGCGAGUUGACAUCCAAGGCGAAGACAGAUGACGAAGGGGAGAAGGUUACCAGAAUUCUGAAAGCUCUGUCAAACUACUCGUUGAAGGCGAAGGUGGUUAUGGUCUUAGCCGCCUUCGCGGUGAAGUACGGGAAGGUGUGUCUGAGCGCCGGGCUGUAUCCCGUGAAUCCGGUGGCCAGAGCCGUGGUGUCGCUGAGGCGGCAGCAGAGCGUGCUAGAUCGAGCCGAGUAUUUGACGCUGUGGCACGGCAAAGUCGCCGGAAUCAUAAAGCAAAUGCAAGACGUAUCCGAUCUCAUACUGAAGGACUCCCAGAUCGGCGGUGGAAAAAGUCUCAACGAUGCGGUGCAAUUGAUAAUCCAAUGCGCGAUUGUGUGCUCGUCGCAGAUGAUGGCAAUUCUGACACCGGAUGCUCAUAAUCGCGUCCCUGAUAAAUUACCAGAACCGUACAGAUGGAAUCUUUGCGUUUUGGAGAAUGCACUUAAAACCAUGCUCGGAGAAAACAAAGGUGAUCAAACUGGAUCAGAUCAGGUUGCCGAAGAUCGUGGUUCUUCUACAAGUAAACCUCAUGUCCAAAAGGAAACAGCUGCUGGGAAUAAAGAGAAAAAUCAGGGGAAAUCUAAAGGGCGUUCCAGCAGUAGGGUGAAACCUGCCAACAUUUGCUGUUAAUGGUGAUCGAGACACAAAUUAAACAAAUGUAUUAUUGCAUCAAGCUGAUCGAAUUGAAGAACAACUGUACUGUACUGACUGACAAUUCAAGAAGCUAAGCGCCUCGAUCGGAUUGCUUCCAUCUUGUAAUUUCAUAUAUAUGCAUUCAGUUUUUCUUUGUGUGCACCUUUCUGUAUAUUUAUUUCCAGAAGAUUGGAGAAUUAAGCAUCCAUUCAUGAUCCGUCGGUCCGUGUACUGUGUGUUAUAGUGUGUUGUUUGGAAAUUAAUUAAUAUAAUGGCCUUGUUUGUUAAUAUCAA